AUGUCCCCGUCCGCGACACUUAAAACUAGUAAUAACGAUCUAAUCAAUCAUAUUACUAGUCUUAAUUUGUCUGUAGUCCCCUCCCCGCCUAGUACCAUGACCUCGACCAUUGCCGACACCUUUUGCACAGGACACUACAUCACCGUGUCCUGCCCCCACUUCAACCGACAACCUGCCGCCUCUCCACUCUCCGUCCGUGUUCCCAACGGCGCUACCCUCCGUUCCAGCCACACGGCAACUCUCGACCUCCCUGGUUUUUCCCCUGCUGCUUGCCAAGCUUACAUCUUUCCUGGCCUCGCUUCCCACCCCCUCAUUUCCAUUGGCCAACUCUGUGACGACGGCUGCACCGCCACAUUCUCCGCCACCCGACUCGACAUCUACCGAGACACCACCCUGCUUCUUACCGGCGCUCGAGCACCCGCCACCGGCCUCUGGCACCUUGACCUCACCCCAGCCAAGACUGCCCAUGCCCUCAUUCCCGACAGCUCCCUGGCAGACCGCAUCGCUUUCGUACAUGCCUCCCAUUUCUCCCCUGCUCUCUCCACUUGGUGUACCGCUAUUGAUGCCGGGCGCCUCCCCACCUUCCCCGACAUCACCUCCAAACAAGGGCGCAAGUACCCUCCCCUCUCUAUGGCCACCAUCAAGGGCCACUUAGACCAACAACGCGCCAAUCUUCGGUCCACCAAACCUUCCUCCGUUCCUCCAGUGGCCUUGCCCAACCCUCUCCAUGAAUCCCAGCUAGACUUCUGCCCGGCCCCGGCCACUCCUCCCGCUGGCCGAACCCACCAUGUCUUCGCCGCGCACCAACGAGUCACCGGCCAGAUCUACACAGAUCAACCGGGCCGUUUCCUCACUCCCUCGAGUACAGGCCACACGGACAUGCUUGUGCUGUAUGACUACGAUAGCAAUGCCAUCCAUGUUGAACUCAUGAAGAGCAAGUCCGGCGCCGAGAUCCUAGCAGCCUACCAACGUGCCCACUCACUCUUCACUCAACGGGGCCUUCAGCCGCAACUCCAGCGUCUAGACAACGAGGCGUCUCCCGCUCUCGAGUCCUUUAUGACGGCCAACCAGGUCGACUUCCAGUUGGCACCACCCAAUCUGCACCGUCGCAACGCCGCCGAACGCGCCAUACAUACCUUCAAGAAUCACUUUAUUGCCGGUCUCUGCAGUACGACCCCGGAUUUUCCGCUUCACCUUUGGGACCGCCUCAUUCCCCACGCUCUGCUUAGUCUCAAUCUCCUCCGUGGCUCUCGCAUCAACCCCACCCUCUCGGCCCACGCACAGCUCCAUGGCGCGUUUGACUACAACCGCACCCCGCUCGCCCCUCCCGGCACUCGCAUCCUCGUCCACGAAAAGCCCGCCGUUCGGGAAACUUGGGCACCCCAUGCUGUUGAAGGCUGGUACCUCGGCCCCGCUCUGCACCACUACCGCUGCCAUCGCGUUUGGAUCACAGAGACGCGUGCCGAACGUGUUGCCAACACUCUUGCGUGGUUUCCCAGUCGCAUUCCUAUGCCCACUGCCUCCUCCACCGAUCGCGCCCUGGCCACCGCCCGUGAUUUAGUGCGCGCCCUCCAAAAUCCCUCUCCCGCUUCGCCGUUUGCACCAUUGGACGCCACCCAACACCAGGCCCUUCUACAUCUUGCCGAUCUCUUUGCUUCGGUCGCUGCUCCGGCCUCUCCGACCGCUGCACCGACUCCCGCGCCCCCGGUCCCAGCACCUCCCCCUGCUCAAGUCCGCUUUGCUGUUCACAUUGUCACGGCCGAGCAUGCUCCUGCACUUCCGAGGGUGCCCAUCCUUGCGCCGCCAGCUCCGAGGGUGCUCUCUCGGACCCGCAAUCCCGGCCGCCGCCGUCGCAAAGCACGCAAGCAACCGCCAACCCCAACCUUAGUUCCGGCUCAUCCACACAACACCCGCACCCGACCCUUUCUUGUCCCAGCCUCCGCCAACGCAGUUGUCGACCCCGCAACCGGCGCCUCUUUAGAGUACCGCCACCUACGCACCGCAAGGGUGUGUUGA